GGCACAGUUAGAUAACCAAGCCCAAGUGUCCCGCUCGCCCUACAUCAUUCUGACAUAACACGCUAUUUCAAUUGAACACAUGUCACGUCACCGCCAAAUAUCUGGUUGAUAGAUAGAAAAGUGUUAGAAUGCUAGUGUACAUAAAUGGGGCAUUAAAUGCCAAUUGGGGGAAGAUCCAAGUCUCAUGGGUUCAUUAAGCACCUAUAUAAAGGGGUGAGAACCUCUUGUAUUGGGGCCAGACAACUGAAGAGAGGGAAAUAAUUUAUGUAUUAGCCGAGCACUAUUUUAAGUUUUAUAAUCAAUAGAAUCGGAGCAACAGAUAUUUCAAUUUUAAAGGGUGAACUAUUUGCCCAUAGCUCAAGCCCACGGUUUAAUACUUUAAUCUGUUAACCUGUAGACAAAUUAAUGGUGAAGAAGAAUCCGAUCAAGAAUAGUUGUGUGAGUUCUGUGGCUUUUAUCCGCAAAAAUCUUAUGAAGUCAUUGUGUCCGGUGUCUGGUGUCUACACUGCAGAGGGUGCCUUUGAGUUGGUGAGAAGUAGACAUGUCACCUGAAUUCAUGUAAAGCUGCAAAGGGUUCCUCUGGUUACAUACAACCAAGCCAGUUUUUCAUUUCACAAGUAUUUCUGAUUUGUUGAAGAUGGAAGAAAAGUCCCAGAUUCAAAUCCCUUUAGUUAAACUGGGCAGUCAAGGAUUGGAGGUUUCUAGACUGGGUUAUGGAUGUGGGGAACUAUCUGGAAUAUACAGUGGCGAUAAAGUACCUCUCACUCAUGGAUGUGCAAUCAUUAAGGUAGCAUUCAAUAGGGGGAUCACCUUCUUCGAUACUUCAGAUUCAUACGGUCUUAACCAUCACAAUGAAUUAUUGCUUGGAGAGGCUUUGAAACAGCUUCCUAGAGAGAGAGUUCAAUUGGCUACAAAGUUUGGCGUUGUCAUGUCGGGCGACUAUCAAUUUCAAAUGAAUGGAACCCCAGAGUAUGUAAGAGAAAGCUGUGAAGCUAGUCUUAAGCGGCUGGAUGUCAGCUACAUCGAUCUGUACUAUCAGCACCGUGUUGAUAUUUCAGUGCCAAUUGAGGAUACGAUGGGGGAGCUUAAGAAGCUGCUAAAUGAAGGAAAGAUAAGAUACAUUGGUCUAUCGGAAGCUAGUGCCGACACAAUAACUAGAGCUCAUGCUGUUCAUCCCAUCACUGCUGUGCAAAUGGAGCACUCUCUGUGAAGUCGUGAAACUGAAAAUGAUAUCAUUCCCCUUUGCCGGAAGCUUGGAAUCGGGAUAGUAUCAUACAGUCCACUUGGUCGUGGAUUUUUUGGUGGGAAGGCAAUGUUAGAGAGCUUGCCUGAAGAGAGUUUGCUGUAUACGCAUACUAGGUUCAAUGGCAAGAAUUUGGAAAAGAACAAACUUCUGUAUAGCAAAUUUGCCAGCCUUGCUACAAAGUAUGCCUGUACUGCUCCUCAAUUAGCUCUGGCGUGGCUUCUCCAUCAGGACAAUUAUAUUAUUCCGAUCCCUGCGACAACUCAAGUUAAGAACCUUGAUAUCAACAUUGGAUCGAUGGAUGUGAAGCUUACAGAAGAGGACUUGAAAGAAAUUGCUGAUGCUGUGCCCGUUGAUGAAGUUGGUGGUGAUCGAGAAUUCGAAUUUCUUGCGAAAUAUGCCUGGAACUAUGCAAAUACCCCAUCAAAGCAAUCAAUAUUAUCUGUGCCAAAAAUAAAAAUAAAUUAUCAAGUUUUGAGUAGACAUUUGAUCUUUCUGGUUUGCAUAGUUGCCCUUGCACCAGUGAAGAUGGACUGAUGGAGAUCCCUCCAUCUCGUUUCUUUCUAAUAUUGUUUGCUUUUGUUUUUGGUAAACCUUACAUGUCUGCUGCUUUAUCUUCUUCAAGUAAAUAACUUUUAACUCUGA